AUGAGUAAGGAAAAAGAGAUUUUUCAACGAAAGACAGUAGCUUCACUUCUAAGCGAUUCAAAGACAAGAGGUCACCGCAACUGCGCCAAUAUGCAGAUUUUUGUGAAAACCCUCACUGGCAAGACCAUUACUCUUGAGGUUGAGCCCAGCGACACAAUCGAAAACGUGAAGGCAAAGAUCCAGGACAAGGAAGGCAUUCCCCCAGAUCAGCAGAGGCUGAUCUUUGCUGGCAAGCAGCUCGAAGAUGGCCGCACCCUCUCCGACUACAAUAUCCAGAAAGAAUCUACCCUCCAUCUUGUCCUGCGUCUGAGGGGUGGUAUGCAGAUCUUCGUCAAAACCCUCACUGGGAAGACCAUCACCCUGGAAGUUGAGCCUAGCGACACCAUUGAGAAUGUGAAGGCAAAGAUCCAGGAUAAGGAAGGCAUUCCCCCAGAUCAGCAGAGGCUGAUCUUUGCUGGCAAGCAGCUGGAAGAUGGCCGCACCCUUUCUGACUACAACAUCCAGAAGGAAUCCACCCUCCAUCUUGUCCUGCGUCUGAGGGGUGGUAUGCAGAUCUUCGUCAAAACACUCACUGGGAAAACAAUCACCCUUGAGGUUGAGCCUAGCGACACUAUUGAGAAUGUGAAAGCAAAGAUCCAGGAUAAGGAAGGUAUUCCCCCAGAUCAGCAGAGGCUGAUCUUUGCCGGCAAGCAGCUCGAAGAUGGCCGCACCCUUUCUGACUACAACAUCCAGAAGGAAUCCACCCUCCAUCUUGUCCUGCGUCUGAGGGGUGGUAUGCAGAUCUUCGUCAAAACACUCACUGGGAAAACCAUCACCCUUGAGGUUGAGCCUAGUGACACUAUUGAGAAUGUGAAGGCCAAGAUCCAGGACAAAGAAGGCAUUCCCCCAGAUCAGCAGAGGCUGAUCUUCGCUGGCAAGCAGCUCGAAGAUGGCCGCACCCUUUCUGACUACAAUAUCCAGAAAGAAUCUACCCUCCAUCUUGUCCUGCGUCUGAGGGGUGGUAUGCAAAUCUUUGUCAAAACCCUCACUGGGAAGACCAUCACCCUGGAGGUGGAACCCAGUGACACUAUUGAAAACGUGAAGGCUAAAAUCCAGGAUAAGGAAGGCAUUCCCCCAGAUCAGCAGAGGUUGAUCUUUGCCGGCAAGCAGCUGGAAGAUGGCCGCACCCUUUCCGACUACAACAUCCAGAAAGAAUCUACCCUCCAUCUUGUCCUGCGUCUGAGGGGUGGUAUGCAGAUUUUUGUCAAAACCCUCACUGGGAAGACCAUCACCCUGGAAGUUGAGCCUAGCGACACCAUUGAGAAUGUGAAGGCAAAGAUCCAGGAUAAGGAAGGUAUUCCCCCAGAUCAGCAGAGGCUGAUCUUUGCCGGCAAGCAGCUGGAAGAUGGCCGCACCCUUUCUGACUACAACAUCCAGAAGGAAUCCACCCUCCAUCUUGUCCUGCGUCUGAGGGGUGGCCAGUAA